AAUAAAGUUAUAUUAUAUUAUUAUUGCCGAUAUACGUUCCGUUCAUUCAUUAUAAUCAUCAUCAUCAUAGCACAUAACAUAUAACUUUCACAAAGUGUGAAUAAAACGAAAAAAAAUGUCCUAUCAACAACCAAAUCGUGGACCACCGGUUCCAUCGAAUCGUGUUGUUGGUGGUAGUGCUGGUAAUACAACAAUGAAAAUGACGAAUGGCGGUGGUGUACAACCACAAUCAUCAUCGAAUCCACAACAACAACCGGGACAAACAGCUUUAAAUGGGCAACCAAAUGGUACAAUGACAAUGAAUGAUCAACAAAAACAACAAUGUUGGUCAAAUCAUGGCGGCUAUCUUGGUGUUGAUUCUGGUUUCAAUUCUUGUGGACAAUCGAAUCCAAUGACACCGUCAAUGUCGGUCAAUGAAGAAGAUAUGAAUGAUCCAAAUAAUAUGGGUUUUGAUUGGGAUCAAACAUUUGGUGAAGCAUUUGCUGAUGAACAAGUUGUUGAUGAAUUAAAUCAAACACGAUCACAACGUGUACGUGCCGCUAUGUUUCCUGAAACAAUGGAUGAAGGUAUGGAAAUACCAUCAACACAAUUUGAUCCAAAUCAAGCGACAAGUGUACAACGUUUGGCUGAACCAUCACAGAUGCUCAAACAUGCCGUUGUUAAUUUGAUUAAUUAUCAAGAUGAUGCUGAUCUUGCAACACGUGCCAUACCUGAAUUGAUUAAAUUAUUGAAUGAUGAAGAUCAGGUUGUCGUUGGCCAAGCAGCAAUGAUGGUACACCAGCUAUCAAAGAAAGAAGCUUCUCGUCAUGCCAUUAUGAAUUCACCACAAAUGGUCGAUGCAUUGAUACGUGUUAUGUCUCAAAGUAACGAUGUUGAUACGACAAAAAGUGCCGCUGCUGUUUUACAUCUUCUAUCACAACAUCGACAAGGCCUGUUGACCAUCUUCAAAUCGGGCGGUAUUGUUGCAUUGGUUAAAUUAUUAUCAUCACCAGUCGAAUCCGUAUUGUUUUAUGCUAUAACAACAUUGCACAAUCUUUUACUUCAUCAAGAAGGAUCCAAAAUUGCCGUCAGAAUGGCCGGUGGUUUGCAGAAAAUGGUUGCCCUUUUACGACGAGAUAAUUUCAAAUUUUUGGCCAUCGUAACCGAUUGUUUACAGAUAUUAGCCUAUGGUAAUCAGGAAGGUAAAUUGAUCAUAUUGGCAAGUGGUGGUCCAGCACAAUUAGUACGUAUAAUGAAAACCUAUCAAUAUGAAAAACUAUUGUGGACCACAUCACGUGUGUUGAAAGUUUUGUCCGUUUGUUCAAGCAAUAAACCUGCCAUCGUACAGAAUGAUGGUAUGCAAGCAUUAGCCAUGCAUUUGACAAGUCCAAGUCAACGUCUUGUAUUGAAUUGUCUAUGGACAUUACGUAAUCUUUCCGAUGCUGCCACUAAAUGUGAAAACCUUACCGAAUUGUUGCACAAUCUUGUACAAUUAUUGAAUACAAAUGAUAUCAAUAUUGUUACAUGUGCUGCUGGUAUUCUUUCCAAUCUAACCUGUAAUAAUCAGGCAAAUAAAACGAUUGUCUGCCAGGUAGGCGGUAUUGAAGCAUUAGUUCGUACAAUCAUACAAGCUGGUAAUCAUGAAGAAAUAACCGAACCGGCUGUUUGCGCACUACGUCAUCUGACCAGUCGUCAUGCUGAAUCAGAAAUGGCACAGAAUGCUGUACGAUUACAGUAUGGAUUACCUGUAAUCGUAAAUCUAUUGAAUCAUCCAAGCCGUUGGCCAUUGAUUAAAGCAGUUAUUGGUUUAAUUAGAAAUCUGGCUCUAUGUCCAGCUAAUCAUGCUCCACUCAGGGAGAAUAAUACAAUACAACGUUUGGUUCAAUUAUUGAAUAAAGCGUACCAGGAAACACGACAACGUAAUAGUAUGACAUCAAAUGGUAGCCAGAAUAUAACGGCAUUAACCGAUGGUGUACGAAUGGAAGAAAUUGUUGAAGGCACCGUUGGUGCAUUACAUACAUUGGCCAAAGAUCCACAUAAUCGAGCCGUUAUUCGUAGUUUGAAUGUUAUAUCAACAUUCGUUCGUAUACUUUAUAGUGAUGUUGAAAAUAUUCAACGUGUUGCCGUCGGUGUUCUUUGUGAAUUGGCUACCGAUAAAGAAGGUGCUGAUAUGAUCGAAGCUGAAGGUGCUACAUCACCAUUAACACAUCUUUUACAAUCACCAAAUGAAGGCAUUGCCACAUAUGCUGCUGCCGUUUUAUUUAAAAUGUCGGGUGAAAAAUCACCUGAUUAUAAAAAACGAUUGUCAAUGGAAUUGACCAAUACAUUGUAUCGAGAUGAUACAGCAAAUUGGGCACCAGGCGGUCCAGAUAUGGUCGAUAUGAACUUGUUGCCGGAUGAUACGUUCCAAGAACCAUUAUAUCAUCCAGGACAACAAGGCCCGCCAAGUGUUCAUUCAGCUCAAUCACGUCCAUUUCAUCAACAACCCUAUGAUUCUCAGAUUUUAGAUCCUAUGGUAAAUCAUGGAGGAUAUGGACAUACGAGAAUGUCAGCAAUGGAUAUGGAUCCAAAUGAUAUGAGCUAUGAUCGAAUGGAUACAAGUAAUGGACCGCCGCCACCACAACAAUCAUCAAUGCAACCUGUACAUCCACAACAACAACAACCUGGACCACAACAACAAAUGUCUCUUCAACAACAACAAUCAAUGCAGGGACAAGUUGGAGCUUGGUAUGAUACUGAUCUCUAAAUGAAAACCAAAUAUUCUAAUUGAUGGAAUUUAAUUUUUGAAUCGUAUAAUGAUAUAAUUUGGACCAAACAAACAAACAAUCAAUCAAUCAAUCAUAACCAAAUAUUUCAACAAGCACAGCAACACACACCUACUUCGAUUAUUAUUUUAGCUUUUUCCUUUUAUUUUCAUCUUAUUUUUUAUACUUUUUUUUCUAUUUGAUAAUCAUCAUUGAUAUUAAUAAACAACAAUUGCAUUUGACAUUUGUUUUUCCGGUUUUUUGAUAUCGUUGUUGAAAUUAACAAUAUCGCUUUCCAUUUGAACGUAGUGUGUUUUUUUUCUAUUUUAUGAUGGUAG